AUGGCCAGUGAUGACAGUGCGGACAUGCGUUGGAUUGUUCCCAUUCAGGUGAUCACCAUUGAAGAAAUGGAGGGCAGAGAUCGGUCCCGAUAUGUGCUCAACAAACUCAGUUUGAAUCAGAUUCUGGCCAAAGUGGGCGACAGGAAAGUGGCCCUCAUUUUCAAUGUGGGUAAACAGGGAGAGGGCAACUCAUUCCUCCUCAAUAAGAUCGGUAGACAUAUCGUGAAUGCUAUGAGAAAUGGCGUCCAAACGUCGGGUCCGGCAGAUGAACACGACUUGGGCUACGAUAUGGGCGCCGAUAUUGAAAUUCUUGAAGACCCCAACGAUCCUCUUAAAGGGUUUGAGUGGAAAACAGACCCGAAUGAGACCACAACGAGAGGUAUUUGGUUUUCGCAGCCCUUUAUUGUCCGCAAAACCGGUGGCGAAGAAGUGGCCAUUAUUUUAGUGGACACACAGGGCUUGGAUGGCAACGACUGCACAGAGCAGGACAUGUCAACCAUUGUUGGCCUCAGUCUUCUGAGCGCUUCCACUCUUGUAUUCAACGUUACAAAUGGUCUCAAAGACGAUGUGCUGAAGAGAAUGCACUUGUAUAUCGACCACUGCCUACAGGCCGUGGAGAUCAGCACCGGUAAUGUUGCCCAUCGCGGUGGCGAAGUCGACAAUCUUAAUCCCUUUCAAAACUUGCUAUUCGUGAUCAGAGACUGGGCCCGACCGGUGCCGCCGCACACGUACGGUCUGGACGGCGGACAACACUAUCUAAACACACGGUUCGACACCAGCGCCGGCCAACGCGAGUUCGCCCGCAAUACGCGGCAGUUUAUACGCGACUCAUUCGAUAGCAUUCAUUGCUAUUUAAUGCCCGAUCCGGGAGUCAACGCCCGGAGCCAACAGUUUAACGGCUGUCCCAAUGAACUGACCGAUGAUUUUAAUGCAAAUUUGAGAGUAUUUUGCAGUUUCCUCUUAAAUCCCGAUACGAUUAAAGUGAAGACAAUUAAUGGCCAACCGAUCACUGGACACGAGUUCGGCCGAUAUUUCGAGGAUUAUGUAAACAUGUUUAACAGCGAGUCGGGUCCCCGGGCUUGCGAUCUCCUUGAGGCCACACAUCGGGCCCACGAUCUUAAUUUGAUUAAUCAGCUCAAGGAUAAAUACAUGACCAAAAUGUCGACACUAAUGGACAGCAGGCCUUUCCACGGGGGCCGACAACUGACCACUCAAUCCCACGACUUAAUCAAUACAUUAGAAUCAGAUUUCGGGUUCCGGAAGCGGUCGACCGCCGAGUCUGUGGUCCGGGAACUCAUGGAUCAGUUGAGCCGCGCUUUGGACGCAGUCUUCAGACAGAAAAAGGAAGAGAAUGAGAUGCGACGGCUGACGGCCACCAACGACAAGGUCACUGAAUUGGUCAACGAGUUUAAGCUGGAUAUUUGUGACCAUAUCAGACCCGGUGACUACCUGUCCGAUCAUACUCUGGGUAAAAUUAUUGACACAAAAAUAGAGUAUAUAAUCAACCUGUUUGAUCGGUUCGCUGCCGACCACCCGGAUCGAUUUGCCGAACACAAGCGCCGGCAAAUGAACGAGCUGUUUGAGAUCGAGGACAAAUUUUACCCUGAAGAUCAGCUGGACACACUGAGCGCAACCAUAUUGGGCACAAUAAACAACGAGCUAACUCAAGCCGAUGUGGGCACCGAAGUGGUACCCUUUGAGCCCUACAGACAGGCGUUGGACACAUACGUGAGGGACAGAUACAGGGGCUAUAGUGAGACGAACCGAAUGCGCGCAGAGCGGGUGGCGACAGACAUGGCCAGAACGCUGAACACACUGAACCAACUCUAUGAGAAAGAGUUGAAAGCGUGGAUCGACUCCAUCGACACUGAGGACAGGUGCGAGUAUCUGGAGGAGAGUCGACUCAUUCGCACUCGGGUUGUGUCGGAAAACAGGCCGAUAUAUGGCGAGCGUCUGGACCUCCUGGCGCUGAACGCCCGGUUCGACGACACGGAACGCGAGAUGCGGGACAUUUUCGCCAUGCGUCAGGACGACCGCCGGCGGGCGAAGGCGGCGCUCGUGGACCGCGCGUUGCUCUGGUAUAAUAGCGAAAUGAAGCGGAUGUACGGCGACCAGCAGUACAUCCAUCCCAAGCGGUUGGGCGAGAUUCACGAGGAACUGGUGGCCAAAGCUGUGACCCGAUUCGAACCGGCCCGGGCGCACCUACCGAUAGACAUUUUCCCAGAGUUCAUGUCCGAGACAUUACGCGUACCGUACAAUUCACUGGCCGACGAAAAUUAUCGCAACGCACCCGCAGUGCCGGCCAUUGGCAUAGACUUGGGCACAACCAAUAGCUGUGUCGCCUAUUAUAUGCCCGACCGUUUAGCCCAUUCGGGCCGUAUUAAAGUGUGCCCAAACGGUCACAACGAUUGGACCCCCAGUUGUGUUGAGUACAGAGACAAAGGAGAGGUAGUGGUGGGCGAAGAGGCCAAGAAUAACCUGUUGGGAAGUCCCCAUAAAAUAAUCUAUUCGGCAAAACGCCUGAUUGGCCGUCAGUUUGUCGAUGAAAAGGUCAAGGAAUACAAAACGAUUUGGCCUUUCGAUGUCGUGGAUAUCAAAUGCGCGGCCGGCGUUGAGGUGGAAGUGGACGGACAUUCCCGGCAACUGUUGCCCGAAGAGGUGUCGGCGGAUGUGUUGCGCACAAUGAAAGAAGUGGCCGAACGCGACUUAGGCCACCCGGUGUUCGACGCCGUCAUUACAGUUCCCGCGUACUUCACGGACGGCCAGCGCGAGGCCACUAAAGCCGCCGGUAUUAUUGCCGGCCUUAAUAUACUUGGAAUAAUCAAUGAGCCCACGGCUGCCGCUCUGGCCUAUAAACUCGACCGGUUUGACGACAUGAGCAGCAGAAACGUGUUGAUUUACGAUUUCGGUGGUGGCACAUUCGACGUGUCCAUAUUGAAGAUGUCGAUGGGUUCGGUGGAUGUGCUGGCAGUGGGCGGAGACAACGAUUUAGGCGGCGAUGAUAUCGACAACAAUAUUAUCGAUUACUGUUUGCGCGAGUUUUACGCCCAAACGGGCCUUCAGAUCGACAAACGGACCGCUGAGGGCUAUCGGGCGAUGCGGUCGCUUAGGCAACGCUGUGAGCGCGCGAAGUGGAAUCUGUCCCAAAGCAAGUCCACAACCAUUACGGUGGACAACAUCGCCGACGGCCGCCAUCUGGUGGUGGACUUGACUCGAGCCAAGUUUGACGAGUUAAAUAAAGAUCUGUUUGACCGCACGAUGGAGUGCGUGACCCGUGCGCUGAAAAGUGUCAACAAAAACGCCGGUAUAUCGCCCGACGAGAUCGACAAUAUAGUACUGGUCGGCGGCUCGACGUAUAUCCCGUACGUUCAGGAUAUGAUUAAGCGUUUCUUCAAUGGCCGCCAACCGUCCCAAACAGUGAACCCGAUGCUGGCCGUGGCUGAGGGCGCGGCACUAAAGGCUGCGAUUCUGAACGGAAAUGAGUCGCGAACUCUCCGCAACCUGCGGGUACUGGACGCGACCCCACGCUCUCUGGGCACUCAGAUCAUCGGCGAUGAGCUGAGUAUUAUUAUACCCCGCAAUACCCCUGUGGACGGCAUACCACUGUCCAAAGGUUACGUCACUACAUGCGACAAUCAAACCUCUAUGAUUGUGGAUGUGUUUGAGGGCGAGGACCCGGUGGCCACCCAUAACAGACUAUUGGGUAAAUUCACUGUUAAUAACAUACCAGCGGCCAAAGCGGGCAAAGAGGAGGUGAAAGUGAAAUUUUGCGUCAAUUUCGACGGCAUACUGAAGGUGACGGCGACUGUCCUCUCCAACACCUCAGACCCGAGUUAUAAGCCUCACGAGUACGAAGUGACCGAACAUAAGGGCCGGCUAUCCAUGGCUGAGCUGCUCGAGCGUCGCCGCCGACAGUAA